ACAAUUUCUCUUCUUCUCACAUUCUCCGCCACCUCUCUCACACAGCUCGCACUCUGCUGCAUCUUUCUCCGAAAAUGCCGUUCAAGAGGUACGUUGAGAUCGGGAGGGUAGCCCUCGUCAACUACGGAAAGGACUAUGGAAAGCUUGUCGUCAUCGUUGACGUCAUCGACCAGAACCGGGCUCUAGUGGAUUCCCCGGACAUGGUGAGGAGUCAGAUGAACUUCAAGAGGCUUUCUCUUACAGACAUCAAGAUUGACAUCAAAAGAUCGCCGAAGAAGAAGACUCUUGUAGCUGCCAUGGAGGCUGCCGAUGUUAAAGGGAAGUGGGAAAAGAGCUCAUGGGGCAGGAAGUUGAUUGUUCAGAAGAGAAGGGCUGCUCUAAAUGACUUCGACCGCUUUAAAUUGAUGCUUGCAAAGAUCAAGAGGGCCGGUGUUGUUCGACAGGAGCUUGCGAAGCUUAAGAAAGAGACCCCUGUUUGAUUAUUAUAGUUUCUGAUUUUGUCAAGAUUUUGUAGGAUUUUGGAACUUUGUUUAUGCAGAUCCUUUUCUUGAAUUUGUUUACAGAAUGGAAAUGUCUUUGAAUUUUUCGUAUUUACCAUUUGGACUUGCUUGGAAGUUAUUUUUCUCUAAUUUGUUGUGAUCUUGGUUU